AUGACCAGGCAUUGGGGCGUCUAUCGCAUGGGAACGCCCCCGAGCACAUGUGACCACGCCCCCAUCUCAAAGCCACGCCCCUUUCUGAACCUCGUUCCGCCUUUGGCGCGGCUGCCCCAGCGCGCAUGCGCGAACCCUACAGCGAGGCGGUCUGUGCGCAUGCGCACGUUGCUUUCACAUUUUCCCGCGCUGCCGCUCCUUUCCCGUUAUCUGUUCCCGUUAUCUUUUCCCGUUUUUAUCUCUCGUUCCCGUUAUCCCGCCUUGCCCAGGGGCGGGAUCGCCUCCUUCGGAAGUUACGCGGGGCAGCAGCGAGGCGGAAGCGCGGCGGGGGGGGGCGUGGCCGUCCCUCUGACCCGCGCCCACGUGUUCGGCGGCGCACGCGGAGCCGCCACCAUGGAGCAGCCCAGCCCCUCUGGAGGCAGCGAGGAGCUGUCAGAGAGUGAGGAGAGCGUUUAUUCCGGCCUCGAGGAUUCGGGCAGCGACAGCGAAUCCUCCGGGAGUGAGGAGGAGCAGGAGCAGGAGGAGGAGGAGGAGGAGGAGGAGGAGGAGGAGGAGGAGGAGGAAGGCCCUGGAAGCCCCUCAGCUCCCCAGACACAGGUAAGGGCCUGA